GGGAGGAAGGGAGAGAGAGAGAGAUGCAGCGACUCUAGAACAGACGCUUCUGAGAGUUUAGAAGGGAAGCAGAAACGCAUCCGAUGCUCGAGGAGGAAUGAAACAGGAUCUGUCAGAAAGACCAAAACCUUUGUGUUCAGUCUAAAUGGAUAAAUGUGCAGCUGCAAUGCUUUGUGAAACUGAGGGAUUUAACAUCCAGACUAACUGAAGCCUCAGUGAACUUCACCCUGAUCCCUAACAAGAAGAUCUACACACAAACAUCCUCCCAAACACAAUGAGCACCGUCUGGCCGACUGAGCACUUCAACCACAGCUCCACCAACCGCUCGUGUCCUGUGGAGGAGGAGACCCUGCGCCUCCCGCUGGCCGUGCUCUACUCGCUCAUCUUUCUGUUCGGUCUGGCAGGAAACCUGCUGGCGCUGUGGGUCUUCCUCUUCCUGCACUCGCGCAGAAACUCUGUGCGUGUGUUCCUGAUCAACAUGACGCUGGCGGACCUGGUGCUGCUGGCGUGUCUUCCCUUCCGUGUGCUGUACCACGCUCAGGGGAACGUGUGGUCUCUGGGGCCGCACAUGUGUAAGGCGGUGGGUAACCUGUUCUACAUGAACAUGUACGUCAGCAUCACCCUGAUGGGUCUGAUCAGUCUGGACCGCUAUCUGAAGAUCAUCGGUGUGAAGGGCUCUCAGAGGGGCUGUGGUCAGCGCUGGCUCCGGGGCAGUCGCUGGAGUCUGGUGACCUGUGUUCUGCUGUGGAGCGGCUCUCUGGUGAUGGUGGUGCCUAUGAUCGCGCUGGUGGAGAGAAACGAGGAGACGGGGAAGUGUUUCCAGUACAAGCAGAGAAAGCACGCUAGAGGCAAAGCCUACUUCAAUCUGUUCCUGGUGGCGGUGUUCUGGCUGGUGUUCGUGGUGCUGUUGGUGUCAUACGGACGGAUCGCACGCAGACUGCUGCACGCCUCACGGGACAAACCGGACCUGCCCAACGCCACACGCUACGCUCGCACCGCUAAGAAGUCCUUCGUGGUGCUGCUCCUCUUCACCAUCUGCUUCGUGCCGUAUCACUCCUUCAGGGGCUUCUAUGUUUCGUCUCAGCUCCGUGACGUCAGCUGUGAGACGCAGCGGAUCAUGGAUCUCACCAACGAGGUCAUGCUUCUGUUCUCGGCCCUCAACAGCUGCCUGGACCCCGUCAUGUACUUCAUGCUCUCGGGCUCGGUGCGCAAAGCCACCAUUCAGGCCUUGUCCCAGUUCCUGAGCUGGCAGCAGGAGCCCGCAGUGACCAACAGCUCCACCACAGAGUUCAGGAGGACGUCUGUGUCCCACGCCUCCACCGCUGCGGUGCUGACCACGUCCAGAGGAAGCUUGGGACUCAUCACACCGAACCUCCGCUCUAAACCCGACGACCCAGAGUCCUGUCAUCAGAUCACGCCGCUGACGAACUGAUCGUGACAUCACAGAGUUCACCUCUGACCCACAGCACGGUUCCUACACGUUUUCCAUCACUCAACUCAACUUUCCAAACCUCUCCGGAGAUUUUCAGACCAUGUUUAAUGUUUCCAGAUUUAUAUUUGGUAUAUAGUACAGACUUCAUUUCUUCUCAGGGGUUUAUAGUAACAACAUACAGAGACCCUAGGAAGGAAAAAAAAGGAAAAAAAACACACCCAAGAAACCUUUUUGUGCCUUCAAGAAACUACUGACAUGCCCCAGGUUUUUUGUGUGCUUACACAUUACAAUUUCUAGUUUUAUAGACUAUAACCUAUAGCCAUCUUACUAUGAAGAGAAGGAGCAUGGACGCACAUUAAUAUUUUCUUUUCCUAGUGCAGUACCAACCGAACACAUUCUCUGCAGCGACAGAGAAACAAAGACAUGAAACCAGCUCAAGGCACAAUACGGCUGUGAGCACUGGACUAUAAGCCCAGUUCAAGGUUUAUAAAAAAGACUGGUGAUGUAAAAAAGUGUUCAAGGCACAAUACGUGGCUCACUGUUUGUCCUAUAUGCUAAGUCUAAUGGUUUCUCGUACACACACCAAAGUCUGUAUGUUUUUUAUAUUUGCAAAGAUGUUUUUAGAAGCUCUGUGAUAUGGUGCUAAGAGAAUAGUGAGAAGAAACCCAAAACGCUUAUAACCUGCAUUUUUGCAUAAUGAUCAAAGCGCACCUUGAAUUCAUUCAAGAAUCACUAAACAGCUGCCAUGAAAACACACUUCUUGUACGAUACAUUUAUUUUCAUUCAAUUCUUAAUUUUCUAUCAUAUAAAACUAAACAGGGGCAAAAGUCUGGAAAUGCAAAUAUUUUCCCAUACUUUUCCAGACCUGGAACCCUCGGACUCUUCUCCAGAUCAAGCAGCAGACGCACACAUGAAGAACACGGGACGCCUCCCGCUGGAGGAGAAGGGUCACUGCACCCCGAGAUACACAGGACCUGGUCUGAUUCAUCCUGUUAACCACUGAUCUCACACAGUAUGUUCAUCUCUAAACACAUGAACGUCAGCUGAAGCACCAAUCUAACAAUACUCCCACUUUAACCACAGACGGUGCAGAGAGUGUCAGCGGUUCUAACACUUUCUGACCAGAGAACCUCAGUCGAUUGAGGCCACUGGACACAAGCUCAGACUGUAGACUAACCCUGAACUCAUCACAUGUACACCUUGAAUGAAAGUAAAUGUCCUUUUUAAGAGUUUACUUAACAGGGGAAUAAAAAAAGCUUUAUUCGCAGUG